AUGUCAGUGAAAUUAAGACAUUUUCGUUCGAGGUCAACGUCAGACAUUUUAGACGAGGAAAGAUCGCAGAAGAAUUCUGUCUCCCUUGAGAAUAAAUAUAAAACAUACAGUUUCGUGGACUGCAAAAAGGACAAUUGUGAACAAAGAAAGGAACACCUAACGCGAAAAUCUCAGAACUUCGUGAAGAAAUUGAUCGCGUCUUUGGAAGGGACAAACGAAGUUUGCAAAGCAGACGAUGAGUUUUUAACAACAUAUUACAGGAGAAACGAUGAAUUCUAUCUAAAUUCAGACUAUUCAUGUGUUACAAAGUCUAAAGCUUCUGAUGAAAUAGAAAAAACUGGGACAAGAAGUACAAUUUUAGAUGUGACGAUGGAUAAAUUAUCCUUACAGGAUUUUAAGCAGGAACAAAACACUAAAUCAAAAUUUGUUAAAAAUGCGUCUAUUUACGUUAACGGGAACAAAAAUAUUUUGCUUCAAAAGUGUAGUAAUAUUAGAGACAUAAAAUACACGGAAUCUUGUAAAUGUGAAAAAGAAAAUGGCUCCAAAAUCAAUGAACAACAAAAAUUUGUUGAUACCGAGUCGAUACAAAUGAAACGUGAGGGUUUAUUGUUAGGAAUAAAUGGAAAUAACGAACAACAAAGAUUCCUCGACUUUUGUUCAUCGUUUAAUUCUAGUAUACUUCAAGUUGAUUCACAAAAUCGUUCGGACGCACAAGAUUCCUGUAUUUCAAAACAAAAGAAAAAUACUAAAAGGAACAUGUUAGAAAGAAUAUUUUUUGUGAAUAAGGAGGACAAAUGUUCAGUAAAGAAAUUACAUGGUGAUAUACAUACAAAAAAACUGAAUAGAAACAAAACUUUCAAAGAUUUCAUUACAUCUAUGAUAAAGAGGAAAAAAUCGGGAAAUGAGGAAAAAUCACAAUUCUUCAUGUCCAAUGGACGAGUACUUGAAAAUUUGACAAUGUUUGACUCGAAAAGUAGCAGAAAAUUACCCACAGUUCCUUAUUUUCAAGACGUUGUCUUUCAAGAGGACAAGAAAGGAGAUUUAAAAUAG